AUGGUUUUCAAUUAUUUUUUUUUGAAAUGUUUCGAACAGCAAGGUACUUUUUUCUUCAAGACUGGGUGAGUAUUUUUUCGAACAGCAACAGUAUCCAAAUUUUGUUAACUGAAGCAUCAUGUCUCGUUUUGACAGAGGUCAAACGAUUUCUGAAGCUUCAGAGGUGUCGAAAUAAUAUAUGAAAACGUUGGGAGCUUGCCAAAAGGCAAACAUUUCAAAAAUGUUCGCCAUGAUGAAGCGGUGUUGUAUUCUCAACUCCCCAAGGUGGUCACUCGCAGGCGUUUUGAACAUUUUUGUCCUCAGAAUUGCUUGCUUCAUGUAUUGUUGUCUCGCUGAAAUUUUCUCUCUGUUUAUUCUAUUCUUCAAAUCAAAAACUGGUGGUGCUGGCGGGCGUUUUGAAAAUAGAACUCAAAAGAAAGGUCCCUAGGGCUCUAACCGAGUUUGCAACCAACAUUUUGUUUUAUUAUUUCGCUGAUAGGCCGUCGAAGGACCACCAAAAGUUGCCAUUUCCAUCGAUCCAUUUCGCUCAGAUGUUUCAAAAACAAUUUAAAAUUGUAGAAUGCUUCUUUCUCAUGGAGAGCACCGUCAAUCCUUCAAGCAGAAAAAAGAGGAAGAAAAUAAGCGUAGGCGGAGUUCCACACAACCUCAAGCCAAACAGAGUCUAGCCGUAUUGGCGCAAUUGAUGCUGCCAGCUCUGAUUGAGGAACACGCAGUGCGGGUUUCCCAGCUUCAUUCUUUGCAAAAAUUUACAUCUUCCAGGAUGAUAUAUUGAUCAAUCCCAGCAGGCAAGAUGGAAAUGCCGAAAACCGUCGGCAUGUGAACGACCUCCUUCAGAGAGCUAAUUUCCAAAUGCGCAAAGGAGCCGCCGGCGUUUGGGAUGUGAGUUGACGAUGUACUGAGUGCGAAUAUCCUGUGAAGGAAAGCAAUUGCUCCUCGAAAGAGAGGAGAGCUUUACCCUCCCGGCGCGUUCAGUUGAUCUAAUAUAAAGAGCGCUCUUCGACCCCACAUUUACUGCUUCCAUUUUCACUUUUUCGGCCGGCUUAAAAUAUAUUUCUACCCUAAUUACCUAGAAUGUUUUGGAACAUCAUACCACCUCAAAAAAAAACUACAGUAGAUUCACAUAGUUGUUUCUUUUUUGAACUUGCCACUUUGCAGAUUGCCGGAAGGGCUCAUUUGGCUGGUAAGAGAAAAGUGGUGCAACUCCAGCAAAAACCACCGCUCUGGCUGAUUAUUCUAAAUCGGGCAUAUCAUAAAUACGGUCUAAAGGUAAUGAAAUUCUGCUUUAUUUACAGCGACGGUCACCUAAAACUAAUAAAAUCGCAUUGUAAUCCGGAUACCUCAACUCCCUUAAGGCGAUUACCCAUUUUCAGCACGUCGUCCUUAUUGUUGUGUUUUUGAUCUACUGUAUCUUUGGAGGACUUGUUUUCUGGCUUCUCGAAGAGCCUUAUCAGUCUGAAUUGCGAGAUCGUUGGCUACAAACGAUAGAAAACAACAGAACGACUCGUGUGGAUUUAUUAAUGAAGAGGAUUUUUAAUAACAGCGAUUUUUUGAUCUAUAUCAAGGGAAAUACCUCUACCAGACUGUCGCAAUUUUUUAAAGAGUACGUAAUUUUAUGCUGUGAUAUUUCAAAAUGUAUUGCAUUUUAGUGAGUUGGGGUCUUACGAGAGCCAACUCGGUGUCAAGUGGAGCCAGCAGAAAAUGGACUGGGACUUUUGGAACGCUGUUCUUUUCGCGGGUACAAUAUGCACUACAAUUGGAUAUGGUCAUAUUUACCCCAUGACAGAUGCUGGCCGAGUUCUCACUAUGAUCUUUGCUCUUUUUGGUUGGUUGACUAGAAUUCAUUAAUUGACUAUUAUUCUUCUUCAGGAAUCCCAUUGAUGCUUCUAGUACUUCAAGACUUCGGUAAACUUUUGACCAUUACCAUGAAGUUCCCUUGGUUUCAAACUAAACGGUUGACGCGGAGAAUAUUACGAUGUUGCACGAAACAGCCGAUAGAAGAGAUGAAAGAGAUCGAAAGACAAGAACGUCACGAUCUGGAUAUAUUUGAUCUCCCGCUUCCUGUUGGAAUUGCAUCUAUUGUCAUCUGGGCGAGUGUCAAGUUUUCUGUACAAUAAGCUCAAACUCUAAAUUCUUCAGAUAUUCAUAUGCUCUUUUGUUCUUUCGGUAUGGGAUCACGAUUGGACGCUUCUAGAGUCUUUCUACUUCUUUUUCACUUCGUUGAGUACAGUUGGACUUGGUGAUCUCGUUCCAUCAUCUCCGCGACUUUUAAUCACAAUGUUCGGUUUUAUUUUAGUUGGUCUUUCCCUAGUUUCCAUGGUUAUUAAUCUUCUUCAAGCUAAGGUAACUAAAAAAAAUACAGAACCCCCCAAAUAUUAUGAAAGUAGAUGAAAUCAACGUAUGAGGCUGGUCGUAAUGACGACAAAACUGCUCCACAUGCUCGCACUUUUCCCACCUCAUUAGGCGUAAUUCAGUGCUAUUCUGAUGAAGACAAAAAAGCUGAUGUUUCGGAGAGAAGUCUAAGUAGAUCAACUCAGACCAGUCUUAGCCUGCCAGGAGUCAGACAAGUGAGUUUGUUUUAGAAUUGUUGAUAAUGUAUCUAUCAUGCCUUGUAAAUCAGGUUGUACUUCGGUCGGAUGGAGUUCACUGGGUUCACACCGAUACUUCUUCUCCAACCAAAAGUCCAGAUGAAGUCACUAAUCUAGUAGAGCACGAAUCUGGCCUCAGGGUCUGUGAGCAAAUCGGGGAUAACAACAAUGAAGAGUACUCGGAAGGAGAGAGUCUCAUCUGUGAAACCGAAGUGCUUUUGGAAGUUGGCGAAUGUUCUGAUUUGGAAAGAUGCGACAGUAUUUAA